AUGGAGUCCCACAAUGCACCGCGCGCUUCCUUCCUGCGCCCCGAGCCCCAGGCGGGGCCCCGGCGGAUCCUGGCUGAUCCCGGACCGGGCCCGAUCCCGGCGAGGAUUCCCGCCAGAAUUCCCGGGAUUCCAGCCGGGAUUCCCGCCGGGAUUCCCGGGACUCCAGCCGGGAUUCUCCCCGGAAUUCAAACCCGGGAUUCCCGCCGGGAUCUCCGGAUUCCCCCCAGGAUUCUCCCCGGGAUUCCCCCCGGGGUUCCCCCCGGGGUUCCCGCCGUGGUUCCGGUACCGCCGCCGCCCCGAGGCUCCUCCCGGCGCCGCUGCUGCUCCGGCUGCCCCCGGAGCCGGGGCCGCCCCGGAUCCGCUGCCUGGCCCCGCGGCGCUUCACCGGCAGCACCUUCGAGCUGCUCCGGGGGGCUCCCGGCGGUGCCGGUGCGGAGCCUCCCCGCCGCUCCCGACCGGCACUGGGCCGAGUUCGCCCUGCCCGGAGCCGCCGGCUGCUUCCGCUGCCGGUACCGGAGCCACAACGGCAGCGCCUGGCUGGAGUCGGAGCUGAGCCCCGGCACCGGCGGCUCCGAUUUGGGCGAUGCUGAAUGUCAGCCGAGCACCGGCACCGCCGCGGCACCCGCACCCACGGCAGAGACCCCGUGGAACGGCACCGGGACCCUGCAGAACGGCACCGGGACCCUGCAGAACGAUCCUCCCUGGGUCCUCCCGGUCUCGGUCGGUGUCGCCUUCCCAGGGCUGCUGCUGCUGCUGGGGGCUGCAACCGCGGCCAGGCGAGGCGUCCGGCGGCGGCGUGGACAGAGCCCCACGGUACCGGCCCCGAGCUUCCCCUUGGCCCCCGCGCCGACGCCGCCGUCCCCGUGAGGGGUCCCGGUGAGGACACGGAGCCGUGAGCGCGUCCCGGUGUCCGCACGGAUCGAGGCUGGCCCUGGAUCCGGUCACCGGGAGCCCUCCGGGAGGACCCCCCCCCCUCCGGUGCUGCCGGGGCUCCUCCCGACUCUCGGGUGCCAAUAAAGGUGUUCGUCUCCAGCGCCGCCGCAUUCCCGGUGUCCCAGUAC